UCAAACGCAAGAAGCUGGACGCGUUUGGUGAAACCACUGGUCUGAGCUCUCCUCGGAGGAUCAGUUGCGACACGACUGACAGUGACCAGAGCAUUUGGGAACACGGCGAGAAGAUUACCAGGUUUAUGAGGAAGGUGGAGAUGGAGGGGCUGACAGGGAACAUCAGCUUCACGGACGAGGGCAAGAGGAAAGACUACUCCCUCGACGUGGUGGAAAUGACCUUCAGCAGCGAGACCGUUAAAAUCGGCACCUGGACGGACACAGGUGGCUUCAGCACCGUGCCCCUCAAGUUUUCUCGGCCCGUGUCUCACCGCGUGUUGGCCAACAGUACCUACAUUGUCACCUCAAUACUGGAGAAGCCGUUCCUGAUGCUAAAGAAGGACACCAAUGCCACAGGAAAUGAUCGCUUUGAAGGAUACGCGAAGGACCUGGGUGACUUGGUGGCGUCCUACCUACAUAUAAACUACACUCUUCAGGUGGUGAAAGAUCAGACCUACGGGGCGAUUGAUGAGUCCCAAGAAGGAGGAUGGAACGGCAUGGUGGGCGAGCUGGUCAGGAAGGAAGCAGACAUAGCCAUCGCGCCUCUUACCAUCACCUCCUCCCGAGAACGAGUCAUAGACUUCACCAAACCGUUCAUGACGCUGGGAAUCUCCAUUAUGAUCAAGAAACCUGUAAAAGAGAAGCCAGGCGUCUUCAGCUUCAUGUCUCCUCUUUCCCAAGAAAUAUGGACGUGUGUUGUGUUUGCCUACGUUGGGGUAUCCAUCGUCCUCUUCCUCGUCAGUAGAUUCAGCCCUUACGAGUGGAAGGUGAUAGAGACGUACACGAAGUCAAGUGUAACGAACGACUUCACGAUCUGCAACAGUCUGUGGUUCACGUUGGGCGCCUUUAUGCACCAAGGGAUCGAUCUGUGCCCCAGGUCAUUGUCAGGGCGCAUCGUGGGUAGUGCAUGGUGGUUCUUUACCCUCAUCAUCAUCUCGUCCUACACCGCCAACCUCGCUGCCUUCCUCACCGUUGAGAGGAUGGUGACCCCUAUCAAGUCCGUGGAUGACCUUGCCAAGCAGACUGAGGUGGAGUACGGCACAAGAGAGGGAGGCUCGUCCAAGGAGUUCUUUGAGCGUUCAAAGAUCAGCGUGUACAGCCGGAUGUGGGAGUUUAUGUCUUCACGGAAACACGUCUUCACCUCAUCUUACGCGGAAGGCAUAGAGCGAGUUAGGACUUCAAAAGGAAAAUACGCAUUCCUCUUGGAAAGCGUCAAGAACGACUACAUCAACGAGCAGCUUCCCUGCGACACUAUGAAGAUUGGGCAGAACCUGAAUUCCAAUGGCUACGGCGUCGCCACGCCCAUUGGCUCUCCUCUAAAAGAGCGGCUCAAUCUGGCUAUUCUAAGCCUAAAAGAAGGGGGUGACUUGGCCAGAUUGAAGAACAAGUGGUGGUACGACAGGUCGGAGUGUUCCAAAGACACUGUGCCGACGCAGACCAACGCUCUCACGCUUAGUAACGUGGCAGGCAUCUUCUAUAUCCUCACUGGCGGGCUUGUCCUUUCCAUGGUCGUGGCUCUCAUGGAGUUCUGCUACAAGUCGAAGAUGGAUGCAACAAGAGCUAAGCUGAGUCUGUCUGACGCAAUGAAGGCCAAAGCGCGAAUGUCCAUCACAGGCGGAAAGGACUUGGAUAAUGGACGAUUCUACGCCCCCGCCAGUCAGAUUCUGGAUGGUGACGCACUCCACGCCAACACUCACACCCAGGUCUGACGCCGGCCGCGCGGCUCCCCCUGUCCGACCCCGCAGCUUCAGCUUCUCCACACCGCCCCGCAGCCCGCCCCUCAAGCCGGCCAGACCCCAGACCCGCAGUACGCUCAGUCCUACAGACACUCGUAUGUGCCUGACCAACGGCGUGCGUCCCAGGCAUCGCUGAGUCUCACGUACGGUUCAGUAACGUCCCAGCCUCUGCUUGGGGCUGGACAAACGCCGCAAAGUCAAUCGUUUGUCUCCCAGGCACAAAUAAAUCACCUCUACACCUCCCAUAGCUGUGACUCACAAACCUCCCUCGCAACCUCCCAUCCUAUGAGAGCUUCACAAGCCUCCCUCGACCUUUCCCAGGUGUCGUGUACCACUAGUGUCACUCCUGCGGCACCUCCUACUCCAGGACAAGCCCCCCAGCCGCCCCCAACUUCUCACACGCCAACAUCUCAUGUUUGUGCUGACUUUCCCUUCUGAGCCGCCGUAAUACAACCACGUCGAACACUAACUUGUUGUUUAUGUGUAAUUCAUUGAGACGUCAUCCAUACACCUACGAGAGGCCCUACCCACCUUAUACCAACUGCCUAUUCAUCUUCCUUUCAUCAACACCUUCCUGAUUUCCUUCUCCAGAUAUACCAUUUUCCCUCUUCCGCAUUUUCAUUCUGUACGAUAAACGAAAAUACACAUACUCGCAGAUAGGUACACUGUUAAACCUAGUAGGACUCGGUGACAAAGUAUUAAUGAGGGAAUAUUAUGAAAAGGAACGAGAGGGAAUGUUUGUUUGAGGAUUGAAGUGUACCUCGUCCUUUCUCAAGCUUUCUUCCCGGCUUUUAUUUAGUUUCACCGAUAAUAGAGUUUUGAUCUUUUAAUAAUUACAAUGUUUCAGUCACAUUAUAUAUCUUUCAACAUUUUUUUCCCAAAUUAUUUAAAGCUUGCAGCACGUAGCAAUAGUAGCAGAAGUAGUGGAAAUAGUAAAAG